CACAAUCUGUAAUUUUUUGAGCGAAAAAAAACCAAAUAAAUAACGAGAAAACAUCGGAAACCGAUUUGUCGCGCUAAACAACACGAGAUGAUAUUUGGUUUCUUAAAGAAAAAUAUUAAUGUGAUGGUAUAUUAGUGUUAACCUAGCAACGGUCCUCAGUUUUGUUUUCAAAUGACUGAGUACGGAAAUAACGAUAAAUUCGCGCAACCACAAUAAAACAGGCAGUAAAAUCGGAUUUGUAAUCUUGGGAAAAAAAUCAAAGAAAAAAGACGCCAGCAGCUUCCUCGGAUUGUUUUGUUGUUGUUUUCGGUUUGUUAGUGUGUGUAUUUGUGCAACAAAGUCAAAGUCGUCGAAGCUGCUGCGAAAAAACGUGAAAUGCAAAUUGUGAAAAAAGUUGCAAAAGUAACAACAGCAACAAAAGCAACUAGCAACAACAACUAAUAACCGCAAUCACACGGCCAACGCAACAAUAACAAAGGCAACAACAAAACGGUUUCGCGUGUGUUGAAAAAUUGCAUCGCAAAUUGCCCAGCGGCAACAACUAAAACAACGACAACAAUAAAAACAAAAGAAAAUUGCGCGCCAAAUCGAAAGAAACAAAAGGAUUUACACAUAAACAAACCAAAAAGCAGAAGCAGCUGAGCGGAGGAGAGAGAUAGCGAAAAAUCAAAACAUCGGCGAGAGGCAGAAAUUCCAGUUUAUCCACCACCCCCUCUCCUGCGGCGGGAUACUCACCACACACUUUUCAAACAGGCUCUUGUGGCAUUCGUGAUACGGAAUUCAGGCACAGUCUGGCGGAGGCUGAGAACGCGGCCGGAACGAUGAUGUCCAUGAGCAGCUCCCCGCCGGCCACGCCCACUGGCGUCCAGACGGACUCCGACGGGCUCAUCCUGCCCAAGAAGCUCAUCAAUCCCUGCAUGGAGAACUUUGAUCGCAAGGAGUUGCAUCGGGAGCUCAAGUUCAAUGCCAGAGUGGGCAAGAGCGUGCUGAACCAGAAAUCGGAGCUGCAACGUGCCUACGACAAGCAGAAAGAGCGACACGCCGCCGCCGAGCAACACUCACCGGAUGCGGAAAUCACGGGCGGAAUUCCGGGACUGAAAGGAGAGCUCGGCCGGGUGAUCAUGGAGCGGGCGCAGAAGCACGAGGCGGCGGCCCAGAAACAGGAUCAGGAGGACGCCGAGGAGCGGCAGUACGUGAAUCCCGAGUAUCUGAACGUGAGGGCCAAGCUGCGCACGGCGCACGCCAACAAUUAAGGAGCAGCCCACUCGGAUACCCAUCCUAACGCAUCCUAAUCCUCAGCUUCGAUUAAUUAAUGUUUAGUUUUAGUAACAGACACCUAACCAAAUUGUGUGUAAGGAAACCAUGUGUUUUUUAUGUGUUAACUUUGCGAGCGGUUUUCAUUUUGAUAUUAUGCAAAACGAGUUGUUUAUUCUAAUUAAAGUGUACUCCUAGACUAUAA